UGUUUAUAUAUAUAUACAUCUUCCUAAGUUAUGGCAUAUAAUAUAUUUAAUUGAUUUAAUUUAGCAUCUACCAUGCUAGUCCACAAAUGAGAAAGGGAACAAACCGGUCACCACCCACUGAGCCUAACUACGUGUUACACUGACUCACCUCUCUUCCCUUAAAGUAAAUAUAUCUACUCAAGUUUUUAGCUCUCAGUCAUUGUAAGUUUCAUACAUAUGUAACAUAUGAAAUAUCCAAUCGUUCAAUUAAUCGACGUGGAAACCCUAUCAUGAGAGCUUCUUUCUCUGCUUCCAUCGUUACCCAAACCCAAACCAAACCCUUUAAAAGACGCAACUCCCCUCUAUAUAUACACACACACCCUACUCUCCAUAUCACUCCUCACCUCAUUCAUUCAUUCUCAAACCACAUUUACAAUAUUCACAAAUUAAACCAUGGCUUGUUGCAAUAGCAAAAGCUUAUUGACUUUUGGGUUAUUGAUCAUUUGUGUGACACUGACCUUACUAGGGGUUGGGGAAGGGAGGGUGCCAUUUGCAUGUGACCCUCAAAACGGGUUAACUAGGGGAUUCAAGUUCUGCAGAACAAACGUGCCAAUCCACGUAAGGGUUCAGGACCUCGUAGGGAGGCUCACAUUGCCGGAAAAGAUAAGGUUGGUGGUGAAUAAUGCCAUUGCGGUGCCGAGGCUUGGUAUCCAAGGCUAUGAGUGGUGGUCGGAGGCGUUACAUGGUGUCUCCGAUGUGGGGCCCGGAACCAAGUUCGGUGGGGCCUACCCCGGUGCCACCAGCUUCCCUCAGGUCAUCACCACCGCUGCUUCCUUCAAUCAGUCUCUGUGGCAAGAAAUUGGACGGGUGGUGUCUGAUGAAGCUAGAGCAAUGUACAAUGGUGGGGUGGGUGGGUUGACAUAUUGGAGCCCUAAUGUGAACAUUUUCCGUGACCCACGGUGGGGCCGUGGUCAAGAAACUCCCGGCGAAGACCCCACUUUGGCUGCAAAAUACGCCGCCAGCUAUGUCCAAGGACUUCAAGGUGACGGUUCGGGUAACAGGCUCAAGGUUGCUGCUUCUUGUAAACACUACACUGCCUAUGACCUUGAUAACUGGAAUGGUAUUGACAGGUUUCAUUUCAACGCCAGGGUGAGCAAGCAAGACUUGGAGGACACCUAUGACGUACCAUUCAAAGCGUGCGUGUUGGAUGGGAAAGUGGCGAGUGUGAUGUGCUCCUACAAUCAGGUUAAUGGCAAGCCCACGUGUGCUGAUCCUGAUCUCCUUCGCAACACCAUCCGUGGCAAAUGGCGCCUCAAUGGGUACAUAGUCUCGGAUUGUGACUCGGUUGGUGUUUUCUAUGACAACCAACACUACACAAGCACGCCCGAAGAGGCAGCCGCAGAAGCCAUUAAAGCAGGCCUGGAUUUGGAUUGUGGGCCAUUCUUGGCCCUCCACACCGAAGGUGCCAUUAAUAAAGGGCUUAUUUCGGAAAAUGAUCUUAACCUUGCCUUAGCCAACCUUCUUACUGUCCAAAUGAGAUUGGGCAUGUUCGAUGGCGAACCAUCGGCCCAACAGUACGGAAACUUGGGCCCAGGAGACGUAUGCACAGAGGCCCAUCAAGAACUAGCCCUUGAGGCAGCUAGACAGGGAAUAGUCCUACUACAGAACAACGGAAACACCCUGCCACUAUCCCCUGUGCAACACCGCACCGUAGCAGUCAUUGGGCCCAAUUCGGACGUUACUGUUACAAUGAUAGGAAACUAUGCUGGUGUGGCAUGUGGUUAUACGACCCCUUUGCAAGGGAUAGCGAGAUAUGUGAAGACCAUUCAUCAAGCUGCAUGUAGGGACGUGGGUUGUGGUGAUAACCAACUAUUUGGAGUGGCAGAGAUGGCAGCCAGGCAUGGUGAUGCGACGGUGUUAGUAAUCGGGCUUGACCAAUCCAUAGAAGCAGAAACUAGAGACAGGGUUGGGCUUCUAUUACCGGGCCACCAACAAGAGCUUGUGUCUAGGGUGGCCCGGGCCUCAAUAGGCCCAGUUAUCUUGGUCAUCAUGUCUGGUGGGCCUGUUGAUGUCUCAUUUGCCAAAGCUGAUCCCAAGAUUGGUGCUAUUUUGUGGGUUGGAUAUCCAGGCCAAGCUGGGGGAACUGCCAUAGCUGAUGUUAUCUUUGGCAGAACUAACCCAGGAGGAAGGCUACCUAUGACAUGGUACCCACAGGACUAUGUAGCUAAAGUGCCAAUGACAAACAUGGACAUGCGUCCAAAUCCAGCAUCUGGGUACCCAGGACGAACCUACAGAUUCUACAAGGGUCCAGUGGUAUUCCCAUUUGGGCAUGGGCUGAGUUACACUAGAUUCACCCACAGCUUAGCACUUGCUCCAAAACAGGUCUCGGUGCCCUAUGCAAGCCUCAAAGCCUUGAAAAACUCAACCGCAUCAAGCAAAGGAGUGAGGGUGAGUCAUGCCAAUUGUGGAGCACUGGAGGUGGGGUUCCACGUUGAUGUGAAAAACGAAGGCACAAUGGAUGGGACCCAUACCCUUUUAAUUUUCUCAAAGCCACCUCGUGGAAAAUGGAAUGCAAUUAAACAAUUGGUGAGCUUCCACAAAAUACAUGUUCCCGCUGGUUCAAAGCAGCGAGUCAAGGUUGGGGUUCAUGUCUGCAAGCACCUAUCCAUUGUGGACGAGUUUGGGAUUCGAAGAAUCCCAAUGGGUGAACAUGAACUCCAAAUUGGUGAUGUCAAACAUUCAAUUUCUGUCCAAACUCUGGAAGAAAUCAAACAUUAACUGUCAAACAACUUUGACAGAGAUACAAUACAACUAAGUUUUACAAAUAGCAAAUAAGUCGAAAAUUCGAAGAAUAAAAUUAUGAAAAAAGAAGUUGCGUGCGUGCGUGCCUGCAAAUGUAAAAUAAGGAUUAAUACGUGGUCAUUUGUAAGUCAAAUUAUAGUCCAACAUAUAAUGUCCCAUUCUUACUGCAAAUGUAAAAUAGGGGGAA